AUGGAUGAGGAACAGUCUCUGCAGGCAGAAGGAGAACAGCAAUGGCGCCUUCUUAACAGACACAGGUUUAUUGCCAGGGUUGAAGAGGCGCAGUGGAAUAACUAUAAGCCACGGACCCUAACGUCUGCAGUCCGCGGUGCUGCGUAUUUCCACAUUAUUUGCUUUAAACCUGUACAUUUGACACUACUGGUGUCCAAAGCGGGGUGCUAA